AUGAUGUUACCCAGCCUGCUCGCGCUUCCACCUACCAUCCUACUCAUCUGCGCUACGUCUGCCACCGCCGAACCACAAUGGCCACACAACCUGCCGAAGCACAUGAAGUAUUUUCCGGAGGACAAGGUCCAUGUAAAGCGCAGUUUGGACAUACAGGAGAAAAUAAGAAGAGAGAAACCCAUUGGUGUGAAGAAGAUGAGCAGCGAUGCGGGCGAGAUGUUUAUGUUUGACAACUGGAUAUUUGCGUCGGAUAUAGAAAACAAUGAGGCAGCCGAGCGCUCAAAUACCAAUCGCAGAGAGCUGGCGAAUAUAACGGGACAAUUUGAGGCAGCAUUACGACCUGUUGAGGAAGGCUUACACCUCGACUCGUACCUACGAUUUCGGGCAAGAGACAUGCUCUUGAAGCGCGGCUUUAAGUGUCCCACCGGUACAAACGAUUGCUCGUCGAUCGGGCAAGCGAAUAGUUGCUGCAGCACAGGGAGUACAUGCAUAAAGAUAUCUGAUCAGGGAUUCGGUCCUGUGGGUUGUUGUCCGAGCGGAGAAAGUUGCAGUGGAGGCAUAAGUUGUAACACUGGUGAAGGUUAUACCAGCUGCCCAGAGUCCCCGAACGGAGGUUGUUGCCUGCCAGGAUACAGCUGUUCGGGUGUUGGGUGCGUUGCAGUCGAAACGUCCGUCACAUACGUCCAGCCUUCAUCCACAUCAGCAACUAGUGCUGCCUCAUCAACCGGUGUCAUUGUAAUCCCGACUACACAAUCGUCCUCUGCAUCCUCUUCGCCUUCACCAACACCGACACCGUCAACAUCCAGCACAUGUAGCACCGGCUGGUUCUCGUGUCCAGCAUCUGUUGGAGGAGGUUGCUGCCAGAACGGAAGGACCUGUGCAGCAGGUGCUUCUUGUCUCGGUGACGACACUUCUAGUACCAUGGCUCCCUCUGCUCCCGUCCGCCCGACAAGCGAUUCUGGCUCCACAUCUGCACCGCCAGCCUCGUCUUCACCAAAUGACUCCGUUUGCCCUACAGGCUUCUACGUGUGCAGCGCGUAUUAUCCUUCCGGCUGCUGUCGCGUCGGUUCCGAUUGCCAAACAACCGGUGCAUGCAUGCCCACCGCAAGCACGACUGUUGUUAAUACCAAUGGAGUCGUGAUUGUGGCGCCGAGCGGUGCAAGUGUUGCUUCGCAGGGCGGAAGUUGCCCAAGUGCAUGGUACAGCUGUGCCGCAAGUCUGGGUGGAAAUUGCUGUCCAAAUGGCUACUCUUGCGGGGACCAAUGCACAGCGACAGCUGGCUCAAGUGUCGCAGACAAAAUGGCGCCUAGUGCAGCAGCUACUAUACCUUCCGUGAUUUCCAUUUGGGCUAUAAUCACUGGUGCUGUUGGUGUUGGGUUUGCAAUGAUCAUGCUAUGA